UAUGUGACAAGAUGGAGGAACAAGAACAGGACGGACAAACAGACAUAUGUCGUGUGUGUCGAUGUGAGAGUACGCCAGAUAAACCCCUGUAUCAUCCAUGUGUGUGUACAGGAAGUAUACGAUACAUACAUCAAGAAUGUCUUUUACAAUGGUUAACAUAUAGUCGGAAAGAAUACUGUGAAUUAUGCAAGCACAGAUUCACAUUCACUCCAAUAUAUUCGCCAGACAUGCCAAAGCGACUUCCCAUCAAGGAUAUCUUUAGUGGCCUUCUCACCAGCGUGGGCCGUGCCAUACGAUACUGGUUCCACUACACACUAGUAGCCUUUGCAUGGCUGGGGGUUGUACCACUCACUGCCUGUCGUAUUUACCGAUGUCUGUUCACAGGCUCAGUCAGUUCACUCCUCACCUUACCACUAGACAUGCUUUCUACUGAUAACCUGGCAUCAGAUUGUUUUCAUGGCUGUUUUGUGGUGACAUGUACUCUCUGUGCAUUUAUAAGUCUGGUGUGGCUUAGGGAGCAGAUUCUUCAUGGAGGGGGGCCUGACUGGCUGGAACAGGAAAAUCCUGGGGGUAAUCAACCAAGGAAUUUUCUAGAUGGAGGAGUAGUGAACAAUUUAGUAAAUCUAGGAGGAGGUGGAGUGCCUAGAGCACAGCCAGCCAAUCAAAAUGAUGUUAACAACCCACCGAUGGCAGCUCCCAAUCCUGUUGUUAACGAGGAGGAGGUAGAGGAAGAUGGAGGCUUGGAGGGGGGAAACAACGGCAACAAUGCAGCUCAAGAUGAUAACAACUGGAACCCAAUAGAGUGGGACAGGGCAGCAGAGGAAUUAACCUGGGAAAGGCUGCUGGGGCUGGAUGGCUCCCUGGUGUUUCUGGAACAUGUGUUCUGGGUGGUAUCGCUUAACACACUCUUCAUACUGGUGUUUGCCUUCUGCCCCUAUCACAUAGGCCACUUUACACUUGUUGGACUCCACCUGGACGACUUUGCACUGUCUACCCACUUCGAAGGACUGAUGACCACUAUGAUUGGUUAUGUAGUGAUAGCCGUCUCGCUUGUCAUUCUCUACAUGAUGUGUGCUAUAGCAAAACUCAAAAAGUUUAGAAGAGUUCUCGGCCUGUGUUAUGUGGUCGUCAAAGUGAUGCUAUUGGUUGUCAUAGAGAUUGGAGUGUUCCCCCUGAUCUGUGGCUGGUGGCUAGACGUGUGUUCUUUGUCCAUGUUUGAUGCCACAUUGAAAGAUCGUAAGAACAGUUUCCACUUAGCUCCGGGGACGUCCAUGUUUAUCCACUGGUUGGUGGGAAUGGUGUAUGUGUUCUACUUUGCAUCCUUCAUCCUCCUGCUUCGCGAGGUCCUGAGGCCAGGCGUUCUCUGGUUUCUACGGAAUCUCAAUGAUCCUGAGUUCAACCCUAUACAGGAGAUGAUCCAUCUUCCAGUAUACAGACAUGGGCGCCGCUUUAUAGCUUCUGUGAUAAUCUUUGGAAGCACUGUCCUACUAAUGCUGUGGCUGCCAGUACGUGUGAUAAAGAGAGUAUUAACAGGUUUCCUACCCUACCAUGUCAUGUUGUCCAGUGAUGCCCCUGUCAGUGAGCUGUCCCUGGAGCUACUACUACUACAGGUUGUCCUGCCAGCCCUACUGGAACAAGGCCACACUCGAAUGUGGCUCAAGGGUAUGGUGCGGGGCUGGACGUUAGCUAUGGCCUCAAUGUUGGGGCUACGAUCCUACCUACUUGGUGACUUACCCUUACAGGAGGGGGACAAUGUGGUUCAGGGAGACCCUCCUGCUCCUGUAGUACCUCCGGCCAACAACAAUGCUGCCCCAGCAGUGGGAGGAGGACUUGGGGGAGGACUGGGUGCCGCCCACCAAGCCAUGUUACAGGGAGGAGGACCAACAGGUUUUCAGGCCUACAAACGACCACAACUUUUCUAUUUAAGGAUCAUGUUACUAGUGCUGUUUAUGUGUGUUACACUUUUCGCCUCCAGUCUUAUGUCACUUGUCUUGCCAGUAUUUUUUGGGCGUAAGCUGAUGUCACUGUGGAUGGGAGAUGCUAAGAUCCAUGAGUUGUACACAGCUGCCUGUGGUUUGUAUGUGUGUUGGAUGAUCCUCAGAAUCAGCACUGUUUUGUACAACUGGAUCCCACAAGGAACCUCGGCCAUCCUCAACAAGAUCAAGGAGUGGGCAAUGUUGGCAAUGAAAUGUAUCAUCGUGGCUGUGUUACUGAUUGGUGUUGUACCCCUUUUACUCGGCCUGCUGUUCGAGCUCGUGGUGGUGGCUCCCCUAAGAGUGCCUCUUGAACAGACACCUAUAUUUUUCCCAUGGCAGGACUGGGCCUUAGGAGUCCUCCAUGCUAAAAUCGUGUGUGCAGUGACCAUGAUGGGACCCCAAUGGUGGCUCAAAAGGGUCAUAGAACAGGUUUACAAUGACGGUAUCCGGAACAUGAACCUAAGAUUUAUCCUCACCAAGCUGUGUGCCCCAGUCGUUGGUAUCCUUGGAAUGUCACUCUCUCUGCCAUAUGUUGUAGCCAAAAGUUUUGUUCCUUAUCUAGGUUUUAAUUUCCAGACCCAGAACCUGGUGUUGAGAAGGAUAUACCCUUUUCUUCUAGCCUGUAUUGUAUUUGUUCUAUUCGGAAUGUUCCAAAUUCGUCAGUUUAAAAGGCUCUAUGAGCACAUAAAAAAUGACAAGUACCUUGUUGGACAAAGACUUGUGAAUUAUGAGCCAAGACAAAGGUUUCUCUCUCAAAUCCGUCGCCAAAUGUCCUGAUUUCUAAAUAUCAAGGUUCUGGAUCCUGUUUAUUAUGUGUUUGUGUAGUUGUGGUCACUGGAUAAUGAGUCAUGGCCAUGGAGAGUGUGAUCACCC